CCCGCGGGGCCGGCCCGACAAAGUGCUGGCGAGCUGCGACGUGACCUGCCGGCCGCGUGUGUGCCCGAGAGAGCGAACGAGGUAGCUGGCGAAGGACGCGACCGGGACCCUGGGCCCUGCGGGACUCCAGCUGUGUCACGUACACGCUUGGCGGCGCGAACCGCGCAUAACGACACUUCUGAAGGAGCACUACCAAGUAUGCCCACGGGAUCAGUGCUGCUCUAUUGUGUAUUGCCAGUCCAUGAUGAGAUAAGUACAAACAUUAAUGAUACUUGGAUUUGAACUGCAUUUUGGAAAUCAUCUACACUUAAAAUGCCACCAGUAGUUGGAGGUCCAGUUGGAUACACUCCCCCGGAUGGAGGCUGGGGGUGGGCAGUAGUAGUUGGAGCUUUCAUUUCCAUCGGCUUCUCUUACGCAUUUCCCAAAUCCAUUACUGUGUUCUUCAAAGAAAUUGAAGGCAUAUUCAAUGCCACCACCAGUGAAGUGUCAUGGAUAUCCUCAAUCAUGUUGGCUGUCAUGUAUGGUGGAGGUCCUAUCAGCAGUAUCCUGGUGAAUAAAUAUGGCAGUCGUCCAAUCAUGAUUGCUGGUGGCUGCUUGUCAGGCUGUGGCUUGAUUGCGGCUUCUUUCUGUAAUACUGUUCAGGAACUUUACUUGUGUGUUGGAGUCAUUGGAGGUCUUGGGCUUGCCUUCAACUUGAAUCCUGCUCUGACCAUGAUUGGCAAGUAUUUCUACAAGAGGCGACCGUUGGCGAAUGGACUGGCCAUGGCAGGCAGCCCUGUGUUCCUCUCCACUCUGGCCCCUCUCAAUCAGGCUUUCUUUGGUAUCUUUGGCUGGAGAGGGAGCUUCUUAAUUCUUGGGGGUCUCCUACUAAACUGCUGUGUAGCUGGAGCCCUGAUGCGACCAAUAGGGCCCCCACCAACAAGUGCAGGGAAAGAUAGGUCUAAAGAAUCCCUUCAGGAAGCUGGAAAAUCUGAUGAGAAAAAGGGAGCAGGUGAUGCAAGUACAGAUCUUAUUGGAGGAAACCGCAAAGAAGAGAAACAAUCAGUCUUCCAAACAAUUAAUAAAUUCCUGGACUUAUCUCUGUUCACACACAGAGGCUUUUUGCUAUACCUGUCCGGAAACGUGCUCAUGUUUUUUGGACUGUUUACCCCUUUGGUCUUUCUUAGUAAUUAUGGCAAGAGUCAACAUUACUCUAGUGAGAAGUCUGCCUUCCUUCUUUCCAUUCUGGCUUUUGUUGACAUGGUAGCCAGACCAUCUAUGGGACUUGUAGCCAACACCAAGUGGAUAAGACCUCGAGUUCAGUAUUUUUUUGCAGCUUCUGUUGUUGCAAAUGGAGUGUGUCAUCUGCUAGCACCUUUAUCCUCCAGCUAUAUUGGGUUCUGUGUCUAUGCGGGAUUCUUUGGAUUUGCAUUUGGGUGGCUCAGCUCAGUGUUGUUUGAAACACUGAUGGACCUCGUUGGACCCCAGAGGUUCUCCAGCGCCGUGGGAUUGGUGACCAUUGUGGAAUGCUGUCCUGUCCUCCUGGGGCCACCACUUUUAGGUCGUCUGAAUGACAUCUAUGGAGACUACAAAUACACCUACUGGGCAUGUGGUGUGAUCCUCAUUAUAGCAGGCAUCUAUCUCUUUAUUGGCAUGGGCAUCAAUUAUCAACUCGUGGCAAAAGAGCAGAAAGCAGAGAAGCAGCAGAAAAAGGAAAGCAAAGAGGAGGAGACCAGUGUGGAUGCUGCUGAGAAGCCAAAAGAAUAUGCAGCAGAAUCUGCAGAGCAGAAAGACACAGAAGGAAGUCCCAAAGAGGAGGAGAGUCCAGUCUAAACCUUUGGGGCGCAAGGGUCAAUGAAGCAGCUGUGACCCAAGAUCCCUGAAAAUAUCUACUGGCCUGUAAUCCAGCAGUGGUGCUCAAUGCCAAUAGUGGACAUGUGUGUGGGAAUUGUACCAGGUGUUCAGUGAUGGAAGUUUUGUUUUCACUCCUUACCAGCAGCCUGAAUUAAAAAUGCCGUACCUUUGGGGAGGGAGUGGUUGGCAAAGAAUGAGAGAAGGACGUAGUGUGGGGGUUUUUUUUGUUUGUUUGUUUGUUUAAAUCCUAGCUUUUAACAGUGUCCAGAAGAUUUUAAUAUGUGCCUUAAGUUUUAGUCUUUAGAACUCUUUAGGGAGCCUUAACUUUUUAAACCAUUCUGCUGAAUUCAUCUAUUUUAAGUGUUAUGUUAUAAGGAAAAAUAACAACUAACUUGUUUCAGACAAAUCUAAAAUUUAAAAUUAAUCUUGCUUCAUUGUUAUUUGUAAUAUACUGUCAGACAUCACCACUGGAAGAUUUAUGAAUAGAAAUACUGGUUAGAAGUUGGGAUUUUAUAAAAUCCUGACUAAAAUAUUUUCCUUGCAUCAGUAGUUGCCUGGCAUAGUGCCUGAUAAGCUAUAUAUUUAGGAAAUUUAAGGCAUAAAACUUUGGAAACAUCUUGGCCGUUCUAGACACAUUGUACUCAUCAGCACCCCUCUGGAAUCUUUUCUUGGGAUGCUAAUAUUAUUAGUGUUUGAGAAUUUAUUUCAUUAAAUUACUAUUUUCCUUAUUCAAAGACAAAUUUUGAGUGGUUAUAGACCAUUGCCCCCUUUGAAAUUACUUAGUAUUUUUCACUAUAAAAGUUAAUUUUAAAAUAUGCAAAAGUAUAUAUUUGUACCUCCUUAGUAAAUACAACACAUCUAAUUAAAUGUAGACAGAUAUUUCAAACAGCAGCUGAAUUCAGCUUCAGUUUUACCAAAACCUCAGUUAAACUGUGAGAUUUAGAAUUUUUUUGUUGUUGAUUUUCCUGGAAUUUUCCCCCAUUGAUUCAUAGUGGUUCCAUUUAUAUCUGUGUCUAGCUUAGAGCUGUGUGUGAGAUAUUCAAUCUUUGUGUGCUUAUUUGUUUUUUUUUUAAUGUUUGCUAAUAAAAGAAAGCCAGAGUGAUUUGGCCUCAGGCAAACCAGUAGGAAUAAGAUUGGGAGGGAAGUUGCUCCUUUUCUUUUUCUGAGGCCUGAAAAAAAUUAUGUUUUGCUUAUAAUUAUUGGACACAUUCUUACUACUCCACACAAAACUAAAGUAUUGUGACCCUUUUUACUUACUUGAAAAGUAGAGAAAUGAGUUUAGUAUAAGGUAGGGAGGAUGGACCAGAAUGAAAUCUGUAAAUAUUUUUUAACCUAAUAUCUUCUAAAAUGCACAAGAAGAUAAUGAUAGACACUCAAUAAAUUAUAUUCAGUGCAUUUAAAAAUAUCAUUGUAAUUGACACAGUGAAGUAUAGGUACAAAACCUUUUGUGUAAGAGGCUGGCUUUUCCAAAUAAACUUUUUUUUUUCUUUUUUUUAAGAAAUGCUUCUCCCUCCAAAUGUUUAUUUUCUUGAGAAAAUACUACUGUCUUCAUUUUCAUUAUCAAGAUCCAAUUUGGCCCUUGCUAAUAUUAAAUCAUUUAGCUUGUGUGCUGUGGGAGCUGUGUAUAUGGCUUAUUUUUACUUUUCUUCUUUCCUCCUUUUCUUUAAGGUAAGGAAGAGGGGAAUUUUGAAAUUACCUCUCUGAAAGCAUCCAAAGCAGCUAACCCUAAGAACACAAUGAAACUUCCCUUUCAAUGCCUGAGUGUCAUGGCAGAUGGAGAAGGAAUUUGAGGGGAGAAGCCUGCUGUGAUUGUUGGCAGGCUGGGCUCCAGUUGGGACUCUGCUGUUUUCCAUCGACCCGAGUCCAUAAUCUCUUUGUGCCUCCUUUCCCCUUCCAUAAAAAUGAGGAUCACUGUCCAUGAGGUAAUAUAAGUAAAGGAAAUGGGAAAGGGGUAGGGUGGAGGAGGAGGAGUACAGGAUUAUUUUCUCCUGUAAGGGAGGAAAACCUUACCCUUCUUUCUAGGUUCUUUGGAUGGCCUAAUAAUUAAAUUGACAUAAGACAGAUAAGAUACGAGAACAAUUUAAUUUCAUACAUAACGGGAACUUCACAUAGACACGAGAGGGUCAAAAACAAUCAGGCAACUGAGACUUACAAGCCAUCCAAAGCUGAGGGGUGGGUAGGGUCUGCGGCCUCAAAAGGAAUAAAGACAAUUUACAAGAAGAUGGGAAGAGCAAAUGUUUGGUAAACCAUGCCAUGCAGAGAAGUCUUGUGUUUAAAAAAAAAAAAGGUAAUACUGCUCUUCCUGCUACAGGCUCCCUAUCUAAAUUCUUUUAGGCAAUUACAGGUGAGGUAAAAAGCUCUUCAGUCUGUUAGGCAUCGGCUGCCUUCAGCUCAAAUAUUCCACAUGCCAAAGUGGCACAUUUUGGGACAGCCUUGUUCUGAACCCCAUCACUCCAUCCCAAUUGUUGAGCUACGUCCAUACCUAAGACCCUGCUUAGUCUUUGUUCAAUAGUUGAAUCUUGUUAGUGAAGGGUUAAAAACUGUUUCAAAGCUGGAAUUAAACCUUUUAUUGCCCAGUGCAACCCUGACUUUUUCCCUCUGAAGAGGCAGGAUUAAAGUAUUUAUUCAAGAUUAGUUUUGGUAACAGCCAACACUAAAACCCAGUAUAGGCCUACUCUGUGCCAUCUAUUCUUUGUUAUCAGUCAGUGAAUUCUCUUUGUGUUGUAGGUUGUGUUCAACACCAGGAAGCAGCUGGGCUUUCUGAUCCAGUGUAUUGUCCUUUACUCCAUGUGAGGACUGUUUUCUUCCAAUUCACAGGCUGCUUUGGAAACAUAAAUGUAUGCAAAGAGCACCUAUCUUUGUUUUCUGUCCCGCACCUUCCAUAAGUCACAGAGAGAACAUAUACAGCUCUUAAGUAGUUGUAGGGCCUAAAAAGGCUUGGCAGUGUUUAGGAGCAUACUCUGAAACAGGCUCCCCAGCCAAAGCUGGAAAAUUAAGAAACUGAUGGGUUGGUCAAUGGCAGAAGAUCAUGGUGACAAGACUGUAUUAAUUAGUGUGCUAUACUCCAGUCUGUGGAGAAUUUAAAUUAACUAGUCAUGAUAAAUGAAUAAUUUCUACAAAAUAUUCAGGAAAGCAUGAUGGUAAAAACAAAUUAUGGAAAAUUCAGAGGUGUUUUAUCCCUGAUUUAAUCACGCAGAUGACUAAUCCUCUGAAUUCUUGGGUUGUCUGAAUUUAGUUUAUGUUUGUAUCAUAGAUACAUAUGUCAAUAUUAAU